CUAACGUCCCCAGUAACCCGCUCACGCGCUCCCCACUAAAAGCCCCCUUGCGCCGUGCGAUACAAAACCCUAGUCGUAUCCAGGAGAGCGAACGAGCUCGGGAGCCCAAACCCUAACCCUAGCCACCGGGGAGCAGCGGCGCCGUCCUCGUCGUCGUCGGAGAGAUCGGAGAUGGGGCGCGUCAGGACGAAGACCGUGAAGAAAUCCUCUCGCCAGGUGAUCGAGAGGUACUACUCGCGGAUGACCCUGGACUUCCACACCAACAAGAAGAUUCUUGAGGAGGUGGCGAUCAUCCCCUCGAAGCGGCUCCGGAACAAGAUCGCCGGGUUCUCGACCCACCUGAUGCGCCGGAUCCAGCGCGGCCCCGUGCGCGGCAUCUCCCUCAAACUCCAGGAGGAGGAGCGCGAGCGCCGCAUGGACUUCGUCCCCGACGAAUCCGCUAUCAAGGUCGAUCACAUCGAGGUUGACAAGGAGACCAUAGAGAUGCUCACAUCCCUCGGCAUGGCCGACCUCCCCGGCGUCGAGAAGCAGGCCGAUGCCCCCGCCGUCCCGGUUUACUCUGGCCGCCCCGGCGGCUACGGAGGCCGGAGGCUCUAAAUUUCCGAGUUUUAAUAGUUGAUUUAGGUGGAGAGGGUAUGAGGGAGGGAGGUCUUGGUAAAAGUCUCUCUCUUUCCCUCUUUUCCUUCAGUAUAUCUUCGAACUUCUGAACUUGGUAUUGAUGUUUCCUUUAUCAGUUUUGCUUUAAGUUUUCGAAUUGAAUGGACAGAUAACAGUUUGACGACUGUUUGGAUAAAUUUGGAUUUGCUAUUAUUUGUAAUUGUUAGGACUCCGUCUAAUUCUUUGAAGGUUAUGUUCUGUAUUGUUUUGA